GUUUUAUUUUUAUUUAUUGUGUGCAAAAAGAAGGCCAACAAAGUGUGUCUUUCCUCUCUUAUCAGGACUACAACUACCAAGAGGAGAUGGAGCCCAACUCCCCCACCGUCCCUCCCGUCAAGGAGAACGGCAUCAUCCCACCUGCCAGUAAUGGUGCCGCUGCCAAUGGCACCCCCAUGGACACCAGCAUCUUCUCACAGAUGCCCUUCCGAAAGAAGAAAAGUCCUCUGCGCAUGGGCAAGAAGGUGUACGAGUUCUACAACGCCCCUGUGACGAAAUUCUGGGCGCACGCAAUCGGCUACAUGCUGUUCCUUGUUCUCUUCUGCUACGUGAUCCUGGAGCGUCUCAAACCCGUGCCCACGUGGGCAGAGCUCUACAUCAUCGCCUUCAUCUUCACCAUGGCGCUGGAGAAGAUCCGACAGAUCAUAGCGUCGGAGCCGGUGAAGGUGUGGAUGAAGCUCCGCGUGUACAUCUCUCAGCUGUGGAACAUUCUAGACACGCUCGGCAUUAGCAUGUUCGCCGCCGGCCUCGUGCUCCGCUGUAUCCCGUCCACCCUACGAGAUGGCCAGCUCGUCUACACCGUGGACAUCAUCUUCUGGAACAUUCGCAUCCUGGAGAUCCUCUCCGUAAACAAGUACCUGGGGCCUUACGUGAAGAUCAUUGGCAAACUGUGCUACUUUCAUCCGGAACAACGCCAACUCUAAGGAAAUUUGGAUGUUCCAGCGAUAUGGGCUCAUACUGCAAUAUGAGGUGCGACCCAUCCUGCCCCCUCCCUUCAUCUUGAUCACCCACAUCUACCUGGCUUUCAAGUACAUCAAAAGAAGAUGCAAAGGAAAGCGAGACUUCUAUGACAAUGGAUUGAAGUUGUUCUUGUCCCAUGAGGACACUGAGAAACUUCACGACUUUGAAGAGGAGUGCAUGGAAGAUCUUUAUCGCGAGAAAGAUCUCAAGUUCCACAACUCCUCCGAUGAACGCGUGAAGAUCAUCAAUGAAAGAGUGGAGAACAUGUCACUACGUCUGGACGACAUGAAUGUGAAGGAGAACCACCUCCGGCUAACCCUGGCCACACUUGACCACCGCAUGAGUCGUAUAGACGAGGUGGCUGACAGUUUGGUGCAUGCUGUCAGGCUUUUGACCAGGGCCACAAGAAAUGACGAUAUGGGUAGUCAGGAGUCUCUAGAGGAUGCACAACAGUUCAACCCUCCUCCGUACAGCAACAUGGAAGGUCACCCUCGCACACUGAGCGUCUCCAGCAGUGAACCUGGCGACCGCAACCAGCCUUCCCCGAUGCUGGUCCACUCCAAGAAUAGGAUUCAAACAGAUCAGCUGUCUAAAUUUACAAACUAUGCACGACGCAGGCAACUUAGUGGGUCUGAGUUCCCCAUAGAGGAGAGUGACCAGUUUGUUGGGGAAGGUCAGUCCCAGAGCGGUGCCCAGGGCUCAUCUGGUGUCUCCAUAGCCUCUCUCAAUCCAGCAGACGAUGUACGGUUCUCUAUUGGUGCAUCAGACAUCAACAACAGCAGCAACACUCUCACCACAGACGUGAAGAGACGGUCGGUAGCAUCAGUAGAUGAAGAUUCAGGCUCAGCCAACAGACCAGAAAGCUCAGAAGAGUUGUCUCAUAAGCAGAAGAUCCGCAACUUUGCCUCGCAGUCGGUCCGCUUUGUGGAGCCUAUUGUCCAUUCCAUCGAUGACCGCGAUGUGGGGAAUACACCACAGCAGCCCUCCAUCAAUGUGACAGCUCGCCUCGACACAGGCACCCACACAGUAUCACAGAAGCGUGAUCCGGCCAGCCACACAGAGGGAGCAGAUGCUGGAAUUAGUGAUGGAGGGACACCCCCCGAGGAAGCAGAAGCAAACCCAAAACCACUCCCGCCUGUCCUCCAAAUCAGUAUACCCAGCGACCCACCCAUAGUAGCAGCACCAUUAUCAUCAACAUCAUCAUCAGGCAAAACACCAAGGGCAGGAGGCAAGCUGGCUUUCUCUGGGCAGCCUCUGGUCAUGCCUGGAUCGAUCGCCACCUCCACCUACACACCCAUCUCCAUGCCUCAGUCAUCGGCUUGCUUCACAGCAAACGACGCGGAUCUGAUCCCACAGUCGGCAGCUAGAGACCUGUCUUCCAUGCUGAACCCGUUGAUUGGAGAGUACACCAGCAUUACUGACACCAUUGAUACUUCGUGUAUCGAGGAUUGCUCCCCACCCCGGUCACCGACUUCCUCCUCCGCCAUCAUGUUCUCGGUGGCCGAGGGGUACCACGAGGUGGAGGCCAAGCUGAAGGAACGAUCGGCAGCAGACAACAAGCAGCAGGCCCUGAAGCAGGCGGAGGAGACAGAGCACCAGCGCAUGGAGUACCUUAUCAGGCACCGGCUACGACAAAUCUCACAGAAGAAUGCAAGAGAAUGGGCUCAGUAUCUAACGAAGGACGAAAGCGGCAGCAUCAGCGACAUUGCGAGGGUGGUGGUGGCCGAGCUGGCAGCAGAAGACAAGAAACUGGACGAGUCGGAGGAGUCGGAGAUAGCAGAAGCAGAAGACAUAGCAGUGGCAGCGGGCCAGGAGAGCAGCGAAGAGGGUCAGGAGAUGGAGGCCAGUGGCUCCUCUCAUCAGGAGGUCGGAUCUGGGACUCCCGGCCAGCGGCAGGACUCCAGCGACUUGGAAGAGGAGGCUACGGAACAAACUCGACUACUUUUCCGAGACCGCGUGCGAAUUCGCAUCUCCCAGCCCAGUCAGGACACGGCAUCAGGCGACAGUCAGUCUCUCUCCAAGUUCCCGUGCUGAAUGAUGGGGCUCAUCGACGGCACUCGGUGACCUUACCUGUGGCCCCGAUCUACGAAAUGGAGGAUGCAGACGACGCACAAGGGCCUCACCAGCUGGACAUCAACUUUGAACUUGUCAGACAGGGCAGCUCUGGGUGGAAUUGUGGAGGUCCCAGCUCACCAGUUCUACCUGACCCUGAUGUGGGUAAAGACGAAGAAGAAGAAGAGGAGGAGGAGGUUGAUGAUGAUCUGGAGGAUGUAGAGGAUAUCCCCGACAUUGCUGGUGCUGACAUUGACAUCACUGUCACUCCCCCUUGAUGCUUGUUUUGAGGAUACUGUUGAAAAAAAGAAACGCAAAAGCCUGUACUGUAAUGAUUUAUUUUUUUAUGUGCUAACAUACAGAUUGAAUUAAAAACGAGGUUGUUCCUCUCGCCUAUAUUUUAGACUCAACACUUUCUGGUGUUUUUCCCAUUUAAAAAAUGAGUCAAGCACUGUUAAAGGAGGAAAGAGACUAUGGGCAAAAAUAUGCAUUUCUUUUUUUGAACUGCCUAUAUGAAAACUGGACUGAAGCCCUUCCUUUGGAAGAGGAUACAUCCCAAAAAUAAGAUCUAGUCUGUUCCACCAUUGCAAUAAGAAUUGUUUGUUUUUUUCGAUUUAAUAUCCUUGCAAUAGUUUUAAAACUUUUUAAACCCUUUAUGUAAAAUGAACUAACUGCACCACUAGCCAAUGUGUUAGCAUAUGCAUGACUUUUAUUCCUUGCCUUAAAACGGCUUGGAGGCCUGUUGUUUGUUCUUUGUGGUAAAGAUUAGGAUUACUAUCAAAGCUUAAGUCUUAAAGAUCAAUCAGAUGCACAUUAUAAUGAGUACAUAUCCCAUGUUAUAUCCACAAAUAGAUGAUAGAACACGUGAACAACUGUGAUAUUGUGGUGCAUAUAGGGAAAUGUAGUUGGUGUUAUUUUUCUUCACUACUUUAAUCGCGUUUUUUCUCUUAAUGGUUAUUUUAGAUUCUAGUUUUUGUAAGUUUGAGAACUUUCAGAAACACUUAUGAUUAUAUGAUGACUUACUGUUACUUUCUUCUCAUUGUUAAUGUAUCUAUAUCUCUGUUUAUAGAGCUGCUAAAAUUAUUGUCAUGGGAUGUAAAGAGGCAGUUAUAGUCUUGGUAGGAGGAAAUGUGUUUGUUAUUUUAUUGUUUAAAAAUGAUGUGAUCAUAAGAUAUGUAUGCAAUGUACUGACAUGGUGAGAGUGCUUUAUUUAUUCCCCUUUACAUUACUGUGUACGCAUGUUAUCUUCAAAAGUGAAUGUCCCGGUAUUCUAAUCAGAGCUGGAGAUUUUGGGAAGGGAAGCUUUGUACAUUAUUAGCAUUUGUUUUUUCUCUUAUGCAAUUGAGUGGACACUGUUUCGGUGUGUCAAAGUUUUGUAACUUUUGACUCAAUUGAGUCAGUGGAAUGGGAAUCAGUUUUAGAACCUGAUCUUCACAUUCAAAUUGAAUGUGUUGUUUUUGUUUUCUUUGUUCCGCUUGACAAAAAAAAAAUGUGCACAUAUGCAUAUAUGAUAUACAUAUGUUAAUCAUAUUUCCCCACCCCAUUAAAAUGUAGAUCUUAAAGUACCUUUAACAUGCAGUCUUUGAUUAAUCUUGUUUGUGCAUAUAUAUACUUUUAUUGAACAUUCUCACACCGUAACAAUUGUCUGUUGGACACAGAUGCAUUCCUGAGUGUUGAUUUUAAUCCUUCAAGCAAGCAGAAUAUCAUUGUUCUGAUAGUAAAACAAUUGUAUGUUUCUCACAUUUAAAAAAAUGUUUCAUACAUCUUGCUUGGCCCAGUCAAAAUGGUGUUCCUUUAUUUCAGGCUUCUUUAGCGCUUUAAAUGUGCACCUUCUUACAUACCUGUCAUAGCUUAAAGUCACUUUGUUUUUGGAUAUACAACUUAAAUGAAUAAUGUUACAUUCCUCCUUAAGACAGAGAAAUCGUAUUGUUUAAAAGACAAAUACACAUCUUUCUUACUUUUCUUAUCCGCUUUAAAGUAGAGCUAAUUUAGUUGAAUGGAAUGUACCGCAAUGUCAUUAUUUGACUUUUAUUUUGAUAUUUUUGUAACUGCAUCAAUUCUAAAACUCAAUCCACUUCCAGAAUAAGCAAGUGAACCAGUUUUAUUUUUAUUAGGGGACUGAUUUUCUGAGAUGGAUGGGUUAUAUCUCAUUACUUUAAAGUCUCCAUCUGUAGCGUGUUUCACAAACCACUAUACUUCUGUUUUUACGCAACUUGUUUGUUGUCUGUGAUUUCCUUAACAUCAACGAGUAUCCCGUCAUUCUUAAAAUUAUUGCAUUUUUUGCUUAACUCAAAAGUUAUCCAUUCUUCAUCUGGAAUAUCUUAUUAACCCAAGAGAUGUUUUUGUCAUGGAAAGUCUGGAAACAUUUGUGGCAAAUUGAAAAUGCAUGAAAGGAAACAUAAAGUUUCAUUGAGUUAUGACAUUUAACUACAUACGGUUGCAAACUGUGCUCUGAGUCAGAGGACAGGGAGAAAUUUGUAUAUCAGGGCUUUGUUCAGAAAAAUCUGACUGACCACAUUUCAAGAUGGCUUUUCAUGGGUAAUCAAGUCGGGGGGGGGGGGGGGGGGGGGUCGGAAAGGCAAUUAUGGACUGUGGGACAGAUUACUUAUUUGUUGCUUUGGCUUAUGGUAAUGUUGACACAAGAUCAACCACACAGUCAGAUAUUCUACAAGAUCCUGAAAGACUUGUAUGUUAUCCCCUGGUUGUGUUGUGCUACUAAAGCUGCUAUAUACUUCUUAUGCCAAUGCAGUACUGACUGUCAAGAUUUUCUAAAAGCUGUAUGUGCAACAAUCAACAACAGUCCUUUUCAUGAUUAUAGUGUUAAUCAAACUGUGAACUUAAUCUAGGAAGGGAUGCUUUGAAUUGUUUACUUAUCAAUCAGGACUAGAAGAAGCACAAUCAACAAAGUUUUAGGAAUUAAUUCGUGAGACAAGAGCUGUAUGCCUAAACCAAACACAACUGAUCCGAAAACAGCAGUAAACAGAAAGAAAAUAAUAAACCGAAAACUGGCCUAACCGAAGAAAGUCCCUCGGAUUUCAGUUUAAGAGGAAUCCCCUGUAUCUUAUUAUGUCCUUGAUACUCUGUAGUUUGAUGUGUGUGUGUGUGGCUUUAUUGAACUUGCAAUUCAAUGCUCGAGUCUAGUCAGUAGGAUGACAGCUACAUCUACCAUUUUAUGGUGCUGCCGCAGCUGCACCUGCGCUUACUGGGUAAGAGAGGUUCAUUUAGAGGGUAUUCCCUUUGAGAUUAUGUGACUAUUGUCUGAUUGUGGAGCAAAACUUCUUGCUUUGUACCUGGUAUUUGACUUUUUUUUUAGAGGGGGGGGGGGAGAGGCUUGUAUAGGCUAUAAGUAGCCUUAGUGUGCUAGCCAACACCCCCCCCCUCCCCCGCUUAUUGGGGCUAUUUGUAGCCUGAUCAUCACUGCCCACUACCCACCCCCUUAUUUGGGCCCACAUAACCAAACAUUCCUCACACUGGAACAGAAAAAACGGAUAGAUUUCAACUCUAUCUGCUGUCUUAAUCUAGAUCUUUUAGCCUCAUAGCUUCGCUGUCACCAAGAAGAAUCUAGGCUCACUGAAUGCUAAAUGCAACAUACAUCCAACAAAUCACAUAGGCCUACAUAUAGAUCUAAAAUUAUUUAUCCAGUUAACAAAAAUUCACAAGCUUUCUUUAGUCUGUUUUCCAGAAUAUCGAUUAAAGUUUAUAAUUUAUACACUGGUAUACUAUCGUUGAGCGCAGAGACAAAACUGAACUGAAUGAGAAAGAUGCAGAACUGGGAAAGCAAAGUCUUCAGUUACUUGAAUUAUAGCAACAAGAAACGAGUAGCCCAGUUAAGGGAGGUGUGGUUUGCUUAUUCGUGCUACGCUAAAUGUAUCCCGAAUGGGCACUUCCUUUCUUUCUUUUUUUUUUUUCGCAUUUCAAAGUAGUGGUGCUGAUGUUUAUUUUUCAGAGACAUAAUCGUCUGUAAACAUACUCUAACAUGUGAACCUUUUUUCACAAUAAUUUUUACAUCUUAGUCAGUAUUAUACAUCUCUUUCCAGCUGUCUCGUGUUGAUCAGGUAGUAUGAAAUAGUCUGGUUUUCCAUGGUCUCAUCCCAUGGGUAUUGGUACAAUUAAGAUUGGGACAACAUUCAGGAUUCAAGUAUCAUUUAAAAGUACCAUAUUAAUUCACUAUCCAUAUUCUCAUUUGUGAUUCUUAAUUUUUCCCAGCACCUAGUUAGUGGACCUUUGUUGUGUCAAUGUAUUUCUCUUUUUCCCAAGCAAGCAUGUGAUCUUCGUCAUUUAUCUGUCUGUCGUCAUCUCACUGUCUCUCCCCUAAAAGUGCAUGUGUGCACACUGUCGUCCUCCAUGUGAACUUUCAAUAUGUUCAAACGCAAUGUUUACCUGAGCACAUGCAUACGCAAUAUACUCAAUGGGUAACACUUAUGUUAUCAUGGCUUUCUGAGUGAUAUUCUGCUUUUGUUAACUUUCCCUUUGUCCCGUAUUAUAAGCUUUAAAACAUUUUGUAACUGUUGCGUUUUUUUUCCUCUCAGAUGUUUUGUCUUGAUACCCUGAGAGACAAAGUAUCUACGUUUCUCUUUCUUCCCCCUUCAUAAGCACAGACAUCUGCUUUGGUUCCCUUUUUAUUUUUUCUUAGCAACACAACGUAUGUGUAUUGGUUUGUUUAUGACACCUACUUCAGCUGUGUCCAUUGUUGUUUUAUUUGUCUCAACAACUAUCGAGCCGAACUACACUUGAGAGCCCCCCACUACUCCUUUUCUGGUGGACUUUUGGGAAUUACAAUUGUUUGUAUCUUUGGUCCUGUGACGUGCAGACUUUGUCUCUCUCUGUCCUAGAUAUAUGCAUGUUCUUUUCAGUUGGCUGAUACCCUGUUGUGGGACAAGAAUCGAACCUGAGACUGAUAACGUGCAAAUGACCAUGAACAGCAAGGGAGCACCUGCAUUUUAAUCUCCUUGUUCUCUUUCCUUGUUUUUAUGCAAAGCAGGUCUUGCCAGUGCUGUUUGCAGCUAACUGCAUGUCAUGAUUUUAUUAAUUCUGUUACAGCUUUACUUGAUCAUGUCACAUAAUGCUAACUAUAGUGGUACUAAAUACAAGCUUUAAUAGUUAUCUUAUCCUGUCCCUUUUAUACUGCAUCUUAUCUAUAUUGCAGUUUGAAAUUCUGAUUCAGACAUCAAAGUUUUCUCUUAUUUAAUAUGAAAGCAGAAACUUUGCUGAAACAGAUGUCAUUUUUAAGACAUGGGUUUUUUGUCUCUGAUCAUGGCUUUCUGCCCUUGACCCUAAAGUAUCCAUUUAGCUUCCAAGCAUGUUUUCGCUAUGAAAGUUUGAAAAUUGUAAAGAAUAUUAAUUGAUAGCCCAAAAUGUAUAUUUUACAGUCAUUUGGAAUGAGACUUUAUUCGUUUCAGCAUACAUUGUGGACCUUAUUUCUCUCUAAUACACAUAUACAUUAAUAGCCUGUACUUUUCAAGGAUUUGAGUUGUCUACAAAUUUAUGUUACUGUAGUUACUUUACAUUUUGGUUUGGGUUAUUUCUUUGGCUGUCGUUCAUUUGCAUUUAUUGUACAUGUACCUCAAAGUGUUAACAUCAUGCCCUGCUGUGUAGGAAUGUUUACAAUAAUUAGUCAUGCUCCACUUCAAUGAAAUAAAGAUUUUUAAGUCACCAAA